UCUGCAUACAGCGGGCAAACCAUUGGCCGGGAAGAAGAACACAGGAGAAAAGGUGAUAGCAGCAGUGUCUUCCAGAGUUUAGAUCAUCGCGAAGCGCAACGCUAGGCCAGGCGACGACAUGGGCCGUUGGUUGAAGCCAGAUGUUUACCCGCUGAUCGGCGCGAUGUCGCUGGUGACGGGGAUGUGCGUCUUCCAGCUCACCCGGAACGUCUUCCUCAACCCAGACGUCAGGGUGAGCAAGAGCAACCGGCAGAGCGCGGUGCUGGAGAACGCGGAGGAGGGCGAGAGGUACAGCCAGCACGCCUUCCGCCGCUUCGUCAGCGCGCACCGCCCGGAGGUCUUCCCCGCCAUCAACCGCUUCUUCUCAGGGUUCGCCGGCAAGUGAUGGGCCGACGUACGCCGUCUCCACCGAACCGGCCGGGUGCAUUGCAUGUUGGCGAUUGUGUUAUUUGCGUGGAGGCGUGCCAUGGAUAUGCACUAGACAUGCCCGGGUAAAUAAAUGGUUUGAGAAAUACUAGAAAAAUUGCCCGUGCGUUGCGACGGGAGAUGGGAUUACCAUGUAUAAAGUUGUACAAAGAUGAAUCUAAGGAUGUCCUAAUAGAUAAGUACUCUGAAAUUA